AUGUACGGGUUCUCAGCCGCCGAUGGCUUCGUGGACGGUAACCCAUCGCCGCCGCCCAGUCGCUUCGUCUCUUCUCUCCUCCCGCAUCCUCUGAUGUUCUUCAUCUGUUGUCGGGUUGUGCUUCGGCCGGCAGUGAACCAGGGCGUGGAGGAUAUGAUAAGGUAUCUGGCGAACGAGCCCUCUCUGGGCCUUUUCUAUGUGCAGCAGCACGCGCAGAACGCCAUGCCCAACGUCCUCGAUCUGAACGUAAUCGGAAUGCGCCCCCCCCUCCUUAACUUUCUUUUUUUCUUCUGGUUAUGCCCCCUUUUCUCUCGGAAAGAUUCCUGUUUUCUGCUGUGAUUCUUGUGCUGUUGAACUCUGAAGCUGCGAACUGAUGGUUUCAUGAGACAUUGCUUCCUGGGUCGCUCCUCAUGAUGCCCUUCAUAAAUCGGAUAACUAGCCAGGGAUGGAUGAUCUGCUGUUGGAAUUUGGUUUUCUAGGAAGAACAUUGCAAGAUUCCUGGCUUGGGAUUGUAUGCUGUUUGACCAUCGAUCAUCAGAUUUUGGUUCACAUUCAUUCUUAUUUCUUCAUGUUGGCCAUUUUUGGUAAACAUAGAACACCCUGAUCAUGCAGAUUUUAGGGUUAAUUCUUGCCUAGAAUACUGAUAACGGAUGCCAUUAACCUAGGAAUCACUAUGCAAUUCUGAUAAAUUUUUUUUGGGAUGCUUUAUAUUGCUUGAUCUUUUACAUCUAUGAGAGGAUUUCGGAGAGAGAAAAGAGAAAACUCUCUUCGGCCAUAACUCAAAAGCCCUGUGCCUUUUCAGUUGCCUUGUCUCACUUUCUUGCUUACCAUUUAUCUGUGAGUAGGAUCUUACGUCUGAUUUCACUCUUCUGAGUCAUGUGGGGAAGAAGCUACACACGAAUGCUAUCAUCCUUGUAUCUUUGCUCACAGAUGAUCGUUUUCUGUCGUGGUUUUCUUUGAUGGUAUUGGUACCCUAGCUGGAUCAUUUCCUUGACCUAGACCAAUGGUUCAUUUCCUUGACCUAGACCAAUGGUUUUCUUAUUAUUAUUAUUUUUGAUUUUUUCUACGGUUAUUAUUAUUAUUAUUAUCAGUAGUAUCCUGCGACCCAAGUGACUAUUUAUUAUGAAAAAAAAAUUUACGAUUUUUUAAAAAAAAUGUGGAAUCUGAUCACCAAAUACAAUGCAUGAGCUACAACAUACUUGCUAGAACACCUGCUCAUCAGUUCAAUUGCAAUUGGGGAAAAGAAAAUGCUUUUAAGAUGUUUCUUGGGGAAGAUUGAAUUUGAUACUUACCUAGUGUUUUAGAUCUUUUUUACAGACGAAAAUGACAUUACCCAUACUUGAAACUGUUUGAAAGGAUUAAUUAUAAGUUAAGUCUAUGAAGCUUCUUGGGAGAUAUAUUCAUAAAGUGAAUAAGUUCAUAAGAGCAUACAUUUACAGAUAAUGGUCUCAUGAUACAGUAUAUAAUAAGAAAUGGUUUCCUUUGGCUCUUCUGACCAAUCGGGUUGCUUCUUUUAGGAUAAAAUUCUGGAGAAAACCCAUAACACGAUGCUGCAAACUGAAGAUCUGGAGGAUUCAAUAUGCUGUGUUAAAUCAAUGUCAGAGUGUGGCUUCCACAUUGUUGAUGAAAUGGUCAAGGACAUCAACAAAUCUCUGCAUAUCAUGUCCACUUCUCGACCACGCAAAGGGUAUGUUCUAACCUCGCAGUAUGACUGAUACUUUUUCCUUGAAAAAAAGAUCAAACAAUGAGAUUUAACUGUACCUAUUAUGGGAAAAAAAAAAAACUGUGCCUAAUAUGGAUCUCCGAGUGAGGUUAUGUAUGAAAAAAAAAGAAAUAAAAAUGAUGUAAUUGGUCAGAGUCGGCCAGAGUGUCAUCAAGUGUGUAAAUAGUAUUAAUUUUCAGUCUAGGCCAGUAUUUAUCCAUAAUUGCACCUAUAGUUUUGACUUUUUAUGGGCAUUGAAAACUAUUGAAGAAGAUGAUUGUGCGACUGUGGUUCCUUCUGUGGAACGUCGUUUUUAAUUGACCAGAAGCAGAUGCAGAAAGGUAAUAGAGAAGAUUAGGUGGCUAUGCUGUGUCGAUUGCAGCCUCUUUGGCCAUCUGAGGUGCAGCUUGUUGGUGCCUAAUCUCAGCUAGAGUUCAAGUGAUGAUCUAAGAAAUGAGAACUAUAGUGAGUUGAGCAAGGCUGCUUUAGGAAACUGCCAGAAACGGCCCAACUUCUAAGUGGGCCCUUUCAAUAUGCAAUUAGUUUACUGAGAUCUGCAUCUGGCUCUGACAGAUAACAUCUAAGUGGGAACCUGAUCAUAGGCCUGUUAAAUACUUGAUAUUUGGCAGAUUAGUCAACAGCACAAAACCCUGUGGGACCUUGUAAACCCAACUCUGCUUGCUCCAGAUGAUCCCGAGUUGACUUCCCCAUUCACAUGAAUUUGACCUAAAAGAAAAUGGUCUGAUGAUUGUCGCCAAUCUUCUUCUUCAUCUUCUUCUUAUUCUUUCCUUUUCCUUUUUUAUGAAGCACAGGUUACUUCGGAGUUCAAGUCGGGGUUUCCAGGUGGAGAGAGGCAACUUGCAGGCGUUCUCUUCAUUCAGCGAGUUUUCCGGCCGCGGCCAGCUGGAGGUUGGAGAUGGCCGAGGCGGGUAUCUGUCAGCUGUCUUCAGCUCAGUGAAGCAGAAAGCCGCCAUGCUUCGAUGGUCUCAGAUCGAUCCCAUGCUGCAGAGCAGGACACCGGCUUCUUCAUCUGCAACUCCCUCAUCGUCAAUGGGAGAGGAGGACCCUGUGGGGGCCGCUGCUCCAAGCUCCUUGGAGAUGGAAGGAGAUGGGCUUCCCUUGUCAAGCCAGAUUAUUACCCUGGGAGAUGACACAGUGCCAGAUAAUUUUGAGAAGUUCAAGUCAGAGCAAGAAGCCAAGCUGAAGGAAUGGCUAGAAGAGGUCCAAGAUCAUGGUCCCUCAACCCCCCAGGGGGCUCUGGCUAGCUAG